AUGGAGGGCAUCCGGCCAACAGGAUCGGUACAGAGCGGCAAUGGCGGCACGACGGGGAACCAUAACAGCCAAACCGGUCAUCCGACUUCUGGAAAUCCGCACAUGUCCAAUGGUCGCAUAAACGGACAUUCGGCCGGUGGUAAGACACAGCAGCGUGCGGCACCCAAGCCGACGCGUGUGGCCGAGCUAGAGCGUCGCCUUGAGGACCUGACGUCGCGGCUUGACUCUGUGAGUCAGCAGCAGAAGCUGCACAACGAGAUCAACCCGCCCGAGUCCAAUGACCCAAACCACCGCUCCAGUCCGUUGGAUAUCUUCCGCCUCAAGGCGCACUGGGGCUACAUGUACCCUGCACGGCACCUCUUCCCCACUGACAACCCCAACCUACGGUCAGACGCGGCAGCGAACGACGCUCUUAAGGGUACCUUUACAUCUCGCCAGAGUUCCAUGUCACAGCAGCACGCCGGCAUCUCGCCCCCUAUGACCGUCGUCGCCUCACCCGCAUCCAACGCGCAGAACAGUAGCACGGCGUCUGGGAGGGCAUCGAAUAGCAGCAGGCACCGGGCGAAGGACGAUGCAAUGCCGGCAUCCACCUUCAUUCCCUCGUUUAUCACGCCCGGCCAGCGGAACUACUACAACCAGGCGUCUCCAGGCGCAGCAUUCUCGGCGGCCGCUAAACGGCACAGUGAGGUUGCGGCGAACAUUGCUGCAAUGGCCGGUGCAGCCUCGAAGCAGCAGCAGCGCUACUACCCGCCAACAGCCACGUCGGGCGGUGAGGGUGCAGCAACCCCGGCCAGCUUGCCUCCGCUAAAUUCGGUGAACCUGACGCCGGACAAUAUCUGGCCUAAGAACGACGACGCGGAGAUUAUGCUGUCCGAGUUCCGCAAGUUUAUGAUGCCGCUCUUCCCCUUUGUCAUUAUCCCGGAGUACGUCACAUCCGAGAAGCUGCGCAUUGGCCGCCCCACGCUGUGGAAGUCGGUCAUGAUGGCUGCCUGUCACCUUGACGGAACGCGCCAAAUCGCCAUGGGCAAUCAAUUGCUGGGUGAGGUGGCGGCAGCGGCUUUCUUGCAACCGCGCCGGACGCUCGACAUGCUGCAGGCGGUGCUUGUACUAGUCGGCUGGUUCCACUACAACAUCAACAGCUUCCAGCUGAUCAACUUCUUCUACCUGGCGCGGGCGAUGUGUGUGUCGCUCGGUAUCAGCGAGGCGCUCCCGCCCCUCACGGCAUCUUCUCGUUCCAAGAAGGCAGGUGGAGCACCUGCUGGAGCGAGUGGUGGUGAUGACGCUCAAAGUAGUUGUUUCUCCAACUUGAGACACAACAGUGCCCAGGCAGGCAACGAUGCGGACGAGACUGGCGACGUCGAUCCGCAGACCACCGACUACCCGCCCGUGGCCCUGGAGCAGAUGCGCACGUUUGCCGGCACCUUUUAUCUUGUCGCGCUGGCGACGACGACGAACAAGCGGCCCGACAUUAUGAUGAACACAGCCUACUUGGAAACAUGCUGCCAGGUCCUCGAGCGCCAGAUGGAGUACCCAUCAGACGCGUAUCUGGUGCAGCUCGUGCGCAUCCAGCAGCUGAGUCAGUCGAUUUCUGUGGCAUUUUCGUUACGCACCGACGGUGUGCAGGUGGGCAUGUCGUUUCGCCAUAUGAUGCAGAACCUGCGCCAGCAGAUUGAGGCCUUCAAGGCCCAGAUGCCGGAGGCCUACCACGACGAUGUCAACCUCGUUGGCCAUGUCCACGCGGCCGAGAUCCUUCUCUACGAAGCGGGCCUACAAGAAAUCGGCAUUGACCCGGCACUGCGCGACGAGCCCUUGUCGGCCGGCGACCGCCUGGAGCUACUGUGGGCCUGCACGUACGCCAUCAAGGACUUGAUGCGCAACCGCUUCCAAGACUACAUCACCGACCAACCGCGCUUCCUGUGCCUGUCGACAUUCGACUUUACGUAUGCCUUUUUGACCUCGCUCAAGCUCAUGACCCUGCAAGCGCCCGGCUGGGACGGCCGCCGAGUGCGAACGGAACUGGCCUUUGACGACCUCAUUGACCGCCAGAUUCUGGACCUGCAGCUGCUCGCGGAGCGUCGUAGCCAAAAGCGCUUCCGCAUCUCACCCGACGAGCCUCUUCGCCCCAGGACAACCAAUGGCGCCGGAGCCGGGACAAGCGAUGCCGUCCCAUCUCUGGUGACGGCAACGACAAGCUACAGCGGCACAAGGAGUGGAGAGUCUAGCAGCGGCAACAGCAGCAACGGGUCACCAGCCAGUUCCGAGGCAGAUGCUAUCGGCAAAGACUCGACGCCGACUGGGCACAGCAGUGAUGCGAACGGCACGAACAAUACUGGCGGAAAAGCCGACACGAGCAAGACCAAUUCCAACGAUACUAGCGACAAACAAGCGAGCAACAUUUGCCGGCCUAUGAUGGAUCCUCGCCAGGAUCCCUUUACGCGCCUGGCCGAGCGCCUAUCCGAUCUUAAGGCCAUGAUUUCCAAGGAGUUGGACAGUCUACCGGGCGACAGCAGUGGCGCCCUGAAUCCGAUUAUCAAUGGCGCCGGGCCGGCGAAUACCAUGGGCCCGCUGCCGUUUGCCACCAUGAUGGAUGCCGUGCCCUCAUCCGCCCGGACGGACCGAUCCAGCGCUCAAGAGCAGAGCCAGAGCCAGGCCCAGGUCCCCAUGCAGCAGUCUGCGAACAUGGACACGGAAAUGGCCUCGUCAUCGCCGUCAAACGUCAAUGUUGCAGGGCCCGGCGUCGCCGGCUAUGCAGGUCACAUGGACGCUCCAGACCCGCAUCCGCUGAACCUGCAGCAGCAGCAGCAACAGCCACUGCAGCCGCACCAACAGCCACUGCACUUGGCCUCACCCGGUACUGUUGAGGCAACGGCCACCGAUGCACCGCUUGAAUCCAUUGCGAUUUACUCCGAGCCGUUCCUCAGCUUUACGGACGCGACCAUUGAUUACAUGCAGAACAUGGACGGCCCCGGCCUCCCUGACUUUCUCAAUGCACCCGGAUGGGAGUCGUACAUGGACGCCAACAUGGGCACACCGGCGUAUUACGAUUCUUGGGGCCAGAUGAAUUUGUAA